UACUUUAGCUCGGCCACCAUCAUUUCGGCCCCGAUAAAGAAUCACAUGAAUCGGCAUCUGAACCAUCUGACACGUGGGAGCUACCAGAUCGCUUAACAUCAGACAAGGACUGAACGAUUUCCGGCGGCAUCGGUUAGCAAAUCGGGUUAUUCGAUGUGAGAAAGAAAGUGCAAGGUCCGAGCGAGCAAUUACUUUUUGGUUGGCUGGUUUGACGUAAUACGUCAAUAGGGUCCUAAGUAUCUAUGUACAUCUUUUCACCCAAAUCCAAAUGCAUGGUUCAAGCCUACGAGCAAGUCUUCUAUUGUUAACCAGAGUAUGGUUUGAUUCAGUUAGACACUUGAGUGCAGCGGGGUGGAAGAUGUUUUACAGAGACUCCUUUGCGUACACAUGUCUCUUACAACGUUGUGAUGGGUUGAAAAGUCUCAAAGAAAUCCAUGCUCAAAUCAUUACUUGCGGCUAUGAGCAGAACCCAUUUCUUGCCGCAAAGCUUGUAAGCCGGUAUGCCGAGGACAACGGCUCCAACAUGGAAGAUGCCCGGAAAGUGUUUGAUCGCGUGUCUGAAAGAGAUGUUCUUAUGUGGAAUGUAGUUAUUCGGGGUUAUGCAAGUUCAGGUGCUUCUGGGGAAGCUGUGAAAAUUUAUGAUCAUAUGCGUCGGAAAGGUGUCCUUGCGAAUCAAUACACUUACCCUUUUGUUCUAAAGGCAUGUGCUGCCUUGGGAGAUGGAAACAAGGGCCAGGUCAUCCAUGGCCAUGUUGUCAAGGUUGGGUUGGAGUGGGAUUUGUUUGUGGGGAAUGCGCUUGUAUCAUUUUAUGCUAAGUGCAAGGAAAUUGAAAUGGCUCGGAGAGUUUUCGAUCAAAUACCGCAGAAAGACCUGGUUAGUUGGAAUACCAUGAUAGCAGGCUAUACCCAGAAUGAACAUCCUAACGACGCCAUCAUGACUCUUCACCAAAUGUUGCGGGAUGACACUGUAGGCAUGCCCGAUCAUGCUACUAUUGUUGGUGCUCUCCCAGCUUGUACCCAAGCAGCUACCAUCCAAGAAGGAAUGUUGAUUCAUUCUUACAUUGUAAAGUCAGGAAUGGAAGUUGAUGUUGCUUUGGGUAGUGGCCUUAUUGCAAUGUAUGGGAAUUGUGGCCGUUUGAAGACCGCCCGGAACCUUUUUGAUAGACUGCUUGACAGAAACAUUGUGGUAUGGAAUGCAAUUAUAAGGUGUUACGGGAUGCAUGGGCUUGCGGACGAAGCACUAGAAAUAUUCUCACAAAUGGUGGACAGUGGCGUACGACCCGAUGGCAUCUGCUUUGUGUGCCUAUUGUCUGCAUGUAGUCAUGUUGGAUGGGUCGACAAAGGCUGGGAACUAUUCGGGAAAAUGGAGGAUCAUGGCGUGGAGAAGCGCGAUGAGCAUUACGCUUGUAUGGUUGAUCUCCUGGGGCGAGCUGGCCGUCUUAAUGAGGCUGUGAAAUUUAUCAAUGAAAUGCCUGUGGAGGCCGGAAAGGAUGUUUAUGGAGCACUGUUAGGUGCUUGUAGAAUCCAUAACAAUAUAGAGCUUGCUGAGAAAGCUGCCGAAAGAUUGUUCAUUCUUGAUCCUGAUAAUGCAGGGCGAUAUGUUCUGCUGGCAAAGAUGUAUGAGGAUGCGGGGAGAUGGGAGGAUGCAGCCAGAUUGAGGAAGUUAAUGAAGGAAAAACAAGUCAGGAAGCCACUAGGAUCUAGCAUGGUUGAGGUAGAUUCUGUAGUCCAUACUUUUGGAGUGGAAGACGAGUCGCAUUCCAUGAAGGUCGAGAUUUUCGACACGCUGGAAAGUUUAAGAAGAGUAAUGGCGGAAGACUGGAACAGAGAGAGAGAGAGAAUGAGAGAGAGUGAGAAAGGGCGAUGGCUUGAGUUGAUUUGAUGGCCAUGGCUUGUAGCUGCAAGGCACCAUUAGAUAUUAGGUUAGGAUUUAGGAAGGCAAAACUCAGUAGGAUUGAUACGAUGGAUCAACAUCUCACUGCGAUAUUAUGGGUCAAGUGCAAACACUGGACCAAUCAUAGUGGUCCCUGUUCCAGUUCCAGUUUCAGAUUUUCCGGUCUACACAGUCCAACCAAAACCGACUUAAAUCUGAGGAACGGAAUGAAUUCGAAAGAUCAUUUUCCUGGCCGCAGAUAUUUUCUUCAUUCUUUCUUUUACCAAAAAAAAAAAGAAAAGAAAAGAAGAAUAAGAAGAGGAUAUUUUCUUGAUUCUCCAGUUCUCUCCGUCUCUCCUAUUUGAUAGAGCUGGUCGUCUGGUUGAUACAAAAUUGUGGUGCGACCGAAUUGUUUGUGUGAACUAGAAGAAAGAGUCUCUGUGUUCUUACAUCCCAUACUCUGCAAAAAAUAAAUAAACACCAAAGCGAGAUACAAAGGAGAGGUUUGUGUUGUCUUUUUUGUUAUCGGCUAUGGAAACCCUAACAUCUUCUGCGACGAUCAUGUCUUCAUCCUCACCUCUCUCCAUCUUCUCCCCAAAGAAGAAUCUGUCCACCAAACCUCUUAGAUUUCCAAUCGCCUCCAAAAGUACCAUCUUUUUCUUACUCCCUUGCAUUAUUUCUUCUUUUUUUUUUCUAACAAAUUCUUAGAUUUCGAAUUAGAUGAUGACAAUGACGCCGACCUCCGGUCUAAUUCGAACCAAAUGAACAUUGCUCCUCUUUCGAACGAUGGCGUCUCUCUUUCCCCUCUAUCUCAGGAUGCAGCAAUGGGUUUGGUUCUGAGUGCAGCAACCGGCCGAGGUUGGACUACGGGUUCAGGAAUGGAAGGUCCAUCUAUUCCCGCCGGAUCGGAAUCGGAGUCCAACACGGAUAGGAUCUCGACCUUCCCUUGGUCUCUCUUCACCAAGUCGCCUCGUCGGAGAAUGCGUGUGGCCUUCACCUGCAACGUUUGUGGUCAGCGAACGACUCGUGCCAUCAAUCCUCACGCGUACACUGAUGGUACAGUCUUCGUCCAGUGCUACGUCAACCCAAGUUUCAGAUACAUGGAUCCUACGGGAGAUGUCAGCUUCAAAUAUUUGGAUAUGGGUGACGACAAUGAAGAUGAUGAUAUUUUCCCUGUCUUAUGAAGCCAACGGAUGGCUAUUUAAUGUUAGACGGUGCGUAUCUAUUCAUAUCUCGUGUUGACGCAUUGAAACUCUAUAUAAUACCCAUUGUAAAUAUUCCUAUACUUAAAUAGUCUCUGACUAAUAAACUUGUAUUGGAUUAAUCUAGAUUUCCCUUAAGUAGGUGAUUGCUGAAUAUGUAUUUCCCAAUCAUUUAAUUAUGUUCAUCUC